AUAAAACAUCAUUAAAAUUGUUCAUUGUUCACAGUUCACUGAGCAGGCUGCCGACAUGUUGCUGUUUGCUGUAUUUCUGGUGAACGUGGCUUUCGGAGCUGGGUUCUUUUGCAAUUUUGAGAAAGAUCUCUGUGGUGGCAUACAAAUGAAAUCUCCUAAUGACCAAAUGAAUUGGGAUCGCCGGAGGACUCCAACGCCGUCUGGUGGAACAGGACCAUCAAUUGGAUACGGAGGAAAAGGAUAUUACGCCUACAUAGAGACAUCCAGACCUCGCCAACCAGGAGACAUUGCCAAAUUAGUGUAUAGGCCCAAUCUGGGGAAUAGAGGAUCAUGCAUCUCGUUUUACUAUCAUAUGAAAGGACGUCAUAUUGGAGAACUGAAUGUGAAAGUCAACGGGAAAAUAGCAUUCGAGAAAACUGGUCCGCAAGGUGACGCCUGGAAAAAGGCGGAUGUCAGAGUGGAAGAAACAGCUCGAAUAGUUAUCUUUGAAGGAAUCCGUGGAGGAGGCUGGCAGGGCGACAUUGCUUUAGAUAAUAUUAAAAUAGUUGGUUGCGGAGGAGGUGGAAUCAAUCCCCCGUCCCCACCAAAACCAGGUCCGCCGAUAUCUCCCCCUAAAGGUGGUUGUGGCACACGUUCGUCUGUCAGGAUCGUCGGAGGCUCUGCUGCCAAGCAUGGAGACUGGCCGUGGCAGGCGAUGCUGCGAACCAGCUUUGGCCAACCGUAUUGUGGAGGAACUUUAGUAAAUCCAUAUUGGAUCGUUACGGCAACCCAUUGCGUCAGUGGAAAGCCACCCAGUCAAGUUUUUGUCCGUCUUGGCGCACAUAGUCGUGUAAAAGAGGUUAACACUGAACAGGACUUUAAGGUCACCAAGGUUAUUACACAUCCACUCUAUCACAAACCAAAAAGUUACAGCCAUGACAUAGCGCUCUUAAAAUUGGACAAACCAGCUCGGCUAAACAGUUACGUGAAUAUUGCUUGUCUUCCUGAGACUAUCGAAGCACCCGUAGAAGGAAAACACUGUUGGAUCACAGGCUGGGGCAGACUAUCGUCUGGGGGUGCAACACCAGAAGACCUUCAACAGGUUUCUGUUCCAAUUGUGGGCCCCACCCGCUGCGAGAAAGCAUAUCCAAAUAAGAUCCAUGAUUCAAUGAUCUGCGCAGGGGUGGAUGAAGGAGGCAUUGAUUCCUGUCAGGGGGAUAGUGGUGGACCAAUGGUAUGCGAGAGUGACGGCCGAUUUUACUUGCAAGGCGCUACCAGUUGGGGAUAUGGGUGCGCCGCCGCUGGAAAGUUUGGUGUUUACGCUAAAGUCAAGUACCUCCUGCCUUGGCUCCAAGAGGAAAUGCGGCAAAACUGAAAACGUGGGCUGAAUAAAGAAAAAACCAUAUUGAGAAUUGAUAGUCUCAUUGCUCGUAUAACCCAAGAACUUAAUAUCAAAGGAUGUAAUAGUUAAAGAAGAUGCCAAUAAAUACUGAUCUGAUAUUAA